UUGGAGAAGAGUGACUGACUCUUCGAACUUCCUGGGAACGAAAGAAGAGCAAGCUGAUAAGAAAACAAGUAGAAUUGGCGUGUCAGCAUUUGAUUGUGUUCGUUUCUUAUUAAUUCGAUUCCAUUUUACUUGGCAUUCGUUGCUGAACAUAGACCUGAUUCUUCAGUCUGUGUGGGCCUGAGAAGAUAACUCUGUAGUGACUUUGCUGAUCCCCAUCCAGCCAUCAAGGUUGACCUAAAAGAGAGAUGAUGUGGCGGUCAUGAUGUUCCAGAUUGAAGAUUUUAAGCAAGAUGCGGAGUCUUCUGAAAAUGAUGAUGAUGUACUUGAAUUGGGAGGGGCACAGAAUUCUGAAGUAGAUAGUACUAUGUCUAACUCAUCUGAAGCAGAUGAAAAUGCAAGAAACACCCAUUCAAGGCAAUAUAGAACAACACCCAAUCUGCAAGUACCCAAUUCCUCUUCAUCCGUAGGAGAUUCUGAAACAAGAAAUCGGAUUGCUUCAGACCCAUUGUCUGCAGAGCCAGAAACACUGGAUGAACCUGGAUCAUUCAGAGCACGUUCAAUGUCAGCACCUGCAAAGUUGUUAGCAGCCAGACAAUAUGGACGGGAGCUGCGCCGAAUGAGUGAUGAAUUUGACCGGUCAUUUGGGAUGCUUCCACGUCCCAAAAGUGCAGGAACAGCACAUCAGAUGAGGAAGGAUAGCUGGUGGACUUCACUGUUUGAGUAUUUCAGAGGGCAUAGCAGGCUUCCUUCACAAGCUGAGCAUGACUGAUGUGAGUUGUCCUCCGGAUAUAAGCAGAGGAGCACAGUACCAAGUAUAAUUACGGACCGAGUGGACAUUCUCAUUAUCUUGCUUGGUUUCUGAGCUGUGGCUCAUCUCUUUUAAGACUGAUACUGCAAUAUAAAUAUUGCUUACAAAGAAUGUGUUGAAAACAUUGUGAAAGACAGAUGUGAAAAAGUACUUAAAGAUUCUGGUUUGUGUUUAAAACUCUGAAAACUGCUUUAGAAAAAAAAAAUCCCUGUCUACUCCUAACAUGAUUCAAUUUUAAAUACUGGAGGUGAACACACAAAACUGAUGUUGGUUUUAUGGGUGCAGAAGACCACGGGCUGAAAACUUUUUUCUUUCUGAUUUUUGUUUUAAAGAAUCUCAGAAGUUAUUUUUGAACCUAGUAACAGCAAAACAGUGAAUAUUUUAAGCCUGUAGUAAUUAUCAGAAUUCAGAUAGUGAACAUUUGACUUUUAUUGGGGUCUUCAUUUUUUUAUCUGGGUCAGUGGUGAUAAAAAUGAAGCAGAAGUAUGUUAGUGCAGGAUUCAAGGGGAGAAUUGUUAUAUUUCCAAUGGAUUUUCUUAUAGAUGACAUGAAUGUUUUCAUUACACAAGGAUUAAUUAAUGCCUCACCAGCGGGUAAUUGUUAAUGAUAAGAACAGUUGAGAGAUUACAUACUGUUUGCUGAUUGUUUCUUGCAUUAUAUGUCACAUAUGAAGGUUAGUAUACCUUAUACUAAAUUGCAGUACCACGUUCUUCAUGUACAGAUGGCUGCGCAUGUUUUAUGUUAAAUGAACUACUAGUUUAUUAAACUGGGAGAGUGAUAAUAACAUAGUACAUAUGUAAAUUUUACUAUUAGAAAUUGCCAGCAUCAGUUCUACUUACCAGAUUGUUGAUGCAGGAAAAGUAAAAUGGCAUUUCUCAGUAAGUUUUAAGAAGUACAUGCUAACCGAUUGUGAUUGUAUAUUAAUGUCAUUGUCUAGCUGGGAGAAUGACCUCUUAAUCUUCACUUACAGAGCCUCCCUACUAACUUCUGAAAAUGUUAACAGCAUUGUUUGCCAUGCCUGUUUAGUCUGUAGUUUUAAAUGCAUAUUGGCUACACUAAGUUGUGUAUUUGCAUUUCAGGAUCAUCAUGGAGACUGUAAACUUUGGAGUCUGACUCUCAAGGGCUCCUCUGCUUUUAUGACACUUUUAUUGGACUUGCAGUACUCUUAUUAAAUGGAUCCUGUUCAUUGUCUUA